AUGUUAGGAAAACUAAGAAAAUGUUUGAACUGUCCAAUGAUGAAGCUUUUACUGAGAGAAGCUUUUCCAAACAAUAUCCAAUAUCCAACAAGACAAACGGAUCUUGUUGAAGGCAGAAACAACAUGUUAAGACGUAAAACACAUGAAUCUUGCAUAAAGUAUUUUUAUGAUGGAAAGGAAAGGGGUGAAGUGGAAUUAAGUUGA